AUGGUCAUUAAACUCCGCGGGCUCAUUCAAACUAUCUAUGCUUCUUCCGGUUACCUGUUGUAGCUUUCUGUUCUUUGGUUCUUAGCCACUGAUCAUAAGGCGCACCGACUGGGUUGGAAUGAGAUUCAAAAAAGAUCUGACCCAUUAGUAUUUCAUGAUUGCUACUAGCCUCAGGUAUUAAUGCGUAUAAUCUUCACAUGCUAUGCAAUAAAUGCAGCUGGAUUAUGUUUCCUACUGACUCUUGCCUUGGCAUUUAUGCGAGACGACCAAGUGGAGUCCUUCGCCAUUAAAUUAUUCACCUACACCUACGUCGUCUUUGGACCUGUAUUGCUUAUUUGCAGCAUUUAUGGCAUCAUAUUCAUCAAAGGUUUGUUAUUUGAAUGUGAGCCUCAGCGAAUCACUGGAACUAUAAACUUUAUGGACAUCUUUAUACUAAUGGGCUGUACUGUGUUCUCCUCUAUGAUAUCUCUCUUCUUCUCAAUGCACUAAGCAGUUGAAAUGGCUAAUGUCUCUUUGAGAGAUGAAACUUCAGUGUUUUACAGAAUCUUUGUUAAAUACCUGGGUUACAAACGCAGAUUAAUGAGAGAAGAAUAAUAGAGAAUGGCUUAGUAUUAGCAGCAGUAAGAAUAAUAAGAGUAAAACUAAUUGCUCAAUGCACAAAAUAGCAGACCACAAGAUUAUUAAGCUAUCAAUGAUCGAGAGCAGGAUAUUGCAGAUCGUAGAAUAGCACCAUCAGCUUAAAUAGAGAGAAUUGGAGGAGUAUUUAAUGAGAGUAGCCUGAUAAGUGAAGAAGAAAAGUAAUAGAAUGAUAGCAAGGAAUUCGAUUAUUAUGAAGAUGACGAGAGACACUCUGCUGCAAACUAUGAAAGAUCUUCCCUUGAUGAGAGAGAAACUAGAGCUACUUAUGCACCAAGCACUCAUCGUUAAUGA